CCCGGGCGCCAUUUAAGAAAAAAAUUGAUAUAGCACCUUUCUAAUUUUCGUUUAACAUAUUUUCUUUGUCCUUUUUUCAUGUCUGCCAUUUAUACCUCAUCUAGAAACACUACUUUCGAAAGAAUUUUACCUAGAUUCUGUUCAAAAACAAGUUUCAAACAAAGUCAAAAUGUAACUAAUUAAGAAUUCAUUAGUAAAAUGUUCCUCUUUCUGAAUAGCUCGUCCUAUAUAAACCAUUAGGAAACACUCUAUCGAUAUCAGUUGCAAUUGCCUCUUCAAAAGUUACACUUCUUUCAAUAAAUCAAUCACCAACUUUUUAAAAAUGAAAUUAUUCAUUUCUUGUUUGGUAAUGUGUGCCCUUCUUGGUAUAUCACAGGCUCAAUACCAAGAUUCACCAGCUGUUAAAGCAGCUAAAGCAGCACAUUUCGAAGCAGUUCGUCGUGCCGAAACAAUUAUUGCAAAUAAUCCUGGACCAUUUAACCAAACACGAAGACCAGUUGAAGAAACUACUCAACACAAGUUGGGAUUAAACGUUCAUGAUACUCCCGAAGUUGCAGCAGCAAAAUCGGCUCAUUAUAAGGCUCUUCGUGAUGCUGAAGAAGCAACAGCUAUUGCAAAUUCAACAUCAAAAUAUCCUGAUUCGUUUUCGGGUGUUCAUCAUCAACAUCAGCAACAUCAUGUCCCAGCUGUUUACAGUCCUCCUGCAACACCAUCACCAACUCGUCGCCCAGCUACCGUUCAAUACCAACCAACUCCAGUCCAUCAUCAUCAAUCGGUACCAAUUGUUCAACAAACUACCCAACAUAAACUUGGAGUAAAUGUACAUGAAACUCCGGAAGUUGCUGCAGCUAGAGCUGCUCACUUUGAAGCCCUUCGUCGUGCUGAGCAGGCUGCAUCUGUAUCUGGUCCAAUUGAAUAUGAAGACACAUACUUAAUGGUUCCAAGUUAUCAAAAGAUCGCUCCAAUUGUUCCAGUUCCAAUCGCUCAACCAGCUGUUCGUGGUGGGCCACGAUUUAUUGAACCAAGUGUUCCACAUUAUGGACAAAGAGCUCAUGCAGUUAUGUAUGUUCCACAAACAUAUGAACAGAAUGUCGAAUAUGGUCAACAUAUUGAGAUGAUUCCAGUUGUCACUUAUCCACAAACUAAUCAACACAAACUCGGAGUUAAUGUUGAAGAUACCCCAGAGGUUGCUGCUGCUAAAAAGGCACAUUUCGAGGCAUUCCGUCAAGCUCAAAUAGCAGCAGGUUCUGCUGCUUUCGAAGAUGAGGAGGAGAAUUCAGCUCCACGUAAUAAUUAUUUCAGCAAUCCAACAAGGCAAUAUGGUCAAGUUAACUAUUAAGUUGAAGCUGAUAUAAAUAAUUGUGCUCUGCAUUCGUUUUUAUAUACAUAUUAAUAAAAACUU